CUAAAGCUGCUUCUUGAACGCGAGUUCUAAAUUUUCGUCUUAUCAACAAACGACCACGAUUCCUAGUUUACUCAUUUAUAUAGUUCGUAUAUUUAGUAUUUUCUUCAUCAUGUCACUCAAGGAUUCAGAUCAGUCAAUUUUUACUGGUGACUCCAAAAUUAAGAAAUAUCUACGCCAAUCACUGGAAGACAAAUGUUCCGCAAUCGGUGGGAGACAGGUAUACUUCGGAUUGAAUGAAUCAAUGAUAAGGAUGCUGACCCCUAUAGAAGAGGUCAUGACCCCUGUACCGGGACUGUCAAGCCGAUCUGUAACACCGGAAUCCCUCUUUUCCGGCAAUACGACCUCAUGGACACUCUCAAAUCCGGAGGACUUCCCCGAUAGUUUAUCAGAACGAGACCUCACAGAUGUUAACGUAAACAAAGUUAGAUGUCUUCGAGAACCUGAUAUUGGACUGCACAAAGACAAUGAUUUAAACACGACCACAAACAAAGGUUCUAGCGCUCGAACGAAGUUUGACUCUACAACUAAAUCAAAACCAAAGCAACGCAUCAAGAAACCUGGGUUGUCUGCUGGACAGAGAUCAGCCAUUGCAGAAACUGUGACAUCUGCUAGAGACAAUGUUACCUCCCGGCUGUCAGGAGGGCAGGGCGACAGACUGAAUGAAAUGCCAUACAAGAAAAUAAAAACUGAUAAGAGGAACCAGAAGCCACUAACUUCUGUACAGAGGUUAUCAGGAAAUGGACAUACCAUCACAAGCAUUGAGUUACCAGCAGUUGAAGUGCCAGUGGUCAAGAGGGUUUCAAAUAACCGGAAGCAGAAUCCGUCUUCUGGAACAGGGCAUCGCUCGGGUCCUCAAGUUAGUUAUACGAAUGUCUCAGUAAAGUGUACCCUUCCUCCUCUUGAAAAAGAAUCUUUCAGAAUUCCAAAAAGAUCAAGCAAAGCUAAACCAAAAGAAAGAAAUGGAAUUCAUAUUCUUCCAUCUGCCCAACAUGUUAGCAAAUCAGAUAAAAUAACAACUGGGACAAGAGUGGGAACACUUCCGCCCAUUGCAUUUAUUUCCGGUAGAAGUACUUCCGUUCAUAAAGAAGCCACACGAGAAGUUAAGUUGACAAGGACGCUACAGUUCCAUGAUACACAGGAAGUGGGAGUUACCAAAAGGAGACGGGAACGGGUCGAAACAGUCCGUGACAACAUCAAUCUUCCAAGCAUAAAUCCCACCAAACGUCCCCUAUAGACGUGGGACUUCCAGACAGAACAAAUUCUGGAGGGAUAGAAUCUGCCAAGAGCACGCGUAAAGGCCUAGGGGUACAACUUGGCAGUCAUUGAUAAAUAAGCCCUGUUUGAUUUCAGGCACAGUAAGAGUGAUAUCAUUUAUCUUUUGUAUAAGAGCGGCGGUGCACCACUGAUAUAGACAUGUAUUGAGUGCUGAUCUUUACUUGCACUGAUAAUGUUAUCUGUACAAUGUAAAAUAAUCAAAAUAAAGUUU